GUUGCGGGUAACACCAACACGCAAUCUUCAUCGCGAAAGCGCCACAGGUUCUUCGAUAAUCGGAUGAUGUGAACACCCUGACCGCAGAGACCAGACCGGCUGGGAGUGAAGAAGCAGGACUAACUCUGUGCCUGUUCCUCACGCUGGCCAUCAAAUGACCAAGUUCUGAAAAGUCGAUCCGUCGUGCUGUCUAUGCGGGGUUUUUUUAAACUCGGGACGUCGAAAUAACAUCAUGACUGUCUUGUCCUCCUCCUCCAAUCUCCUGCUCCUUCUCCUCAUGUCCUCCCUGGAUUGGCUGUCCACUCCGGGAUCUGCUUUUUUCAUGGGCCGGCACCGCGUGAUGUCACCAGCUCCCCUUGAACCUCACAUCACAGACUGCAUAUCGAGAGACCAGGCAACAUUCCAGUGUUGGUGGAGUCCGGGCAACUUCCACAACCUGUCCUCCCCUGGAGCGCUCAGACUCUUCUACAUUAAGAAAGACUCGCCCGCCAGUGAAUGGAAAGAGUGUCCAGAGUAUGUUCACUCAAAUCAGGAGUGCUUCUUCGAUAACGCCCACACGUCCAUUUGGAUCCCCUACUGCAUGCAGCUUCGCAGCCAAAACAACAUCACCUAUUACAACGAGGAAGACUGUUUCACCGUGGAGAACAUCGUGCGCCCUGACCCACCAGUGUCUCUAAACUGGACCCUGCUCAAUAUAAGUCCCUCUGGGCUAAACUAUGAUGUCAUGGUCAACUGGGAGGCCCCACCCUCUGCAGACGUCGGGGCAGGCUGGAUGCGCAUUGAGUACGAGAUCCAGUACAAAGCAAUAAAUACCACAAAAUGGGAAGCAUUGGAGAUGCAGCCGCAAACCCAGCAGACAAUCUUCGGUCUGCACAUAGGAAAAGAGUAUGAAGUGCACAUCCGCUGCAGGAUGCAGGCCUUCACGAAGUUUGGAGAGUUCAGCGACUCCAUCUUCAUUCAAGUGACGGAAGUUCCCAUCAACGAGUAUACUUUCCCGCUCACCCUCGUUCUCGUUUUUGGGAUUGUGGGCAUCCUCUUACUCGGCAUGCUUAUUGUCAUCUCUCAGCAGCACAGAUUGAUGAUGAUUCUGUUGCCGCCGGUUCCUGCACCCAAAAUUAAAGGCAUCGAUCCAGAGCUGUUAAAGAAAGGGAAGCUGGACGAGCUGAAUUUGAUCCUGAGUGGUGGAGGCAUGGGUGGCCUACCCACUUAUGCAACCAAUUUCUACCAAGACGAGCCAUGUGUGGAGUUCAUCGAGGUGGCUGUGGAGGAUGCAGACACUGGGGAGAAGGAGGACAACCAGGGAUCAGACACCCAGAAGCUCCUGGACCUAUCCCAACCCGUCAGCCAGCACAUGAACAUUGGGUUCUCCAAUGUCGUCAGCUUCCCGGAUGAUGACUCAGGCCGGGCCAGCUGUUAUGACCCGGAUCUGCCCGACCAGGACACCCUAUUGCUGAUGGCCACCCUGCUGCCGGGCCAACCCGAGGUCGGGAAAAGAGCCAUGGCUGCAGAGAGAGGCGCGAGGCCCCUCGUCCAUACCCAAACCGAAGGGCCCCAGACUUGGGUCAACACAGACUUCUACGCCCAAGUCAGCAACGUGAUGCCCACCGGGGGCGUGGUGCUGUCCCCCGGCCAGCAACUCAGAAUCCAGGAGAGCACCUCUGGCGCAGAGGAGGAGACGCAGAAGAAGGAAAAAGAGCAUACAGGCGGCGAGGACAGUGAGGAAGAUAAGGAGAAGGAGCUGCAGUUUCAGCUGCUGGUAGUGGAUUGUGAAGGGGGCCGGUACGCCGCAGAGGGCAACGCCUGGCAGAUUGGCGGUCCCCAUAGCGCCCCAAUGCCGGGCGAAGGUUAUCAAACCAUAUUCCCUCAGCCAGCGGAGACCACUCCUGCGGCCACGGCAGAGGGCAGCCAAUCCCCUUACAUUCUUCCUGACUCUCCUCAAUCCCAGUUCUUUGCCCGAGUUGCGGACUACACUGUGGUGCAGGAAGUGGACAGUCAGCACAGUCUGCUCCUCAACCCGCCUCCCCGCCAGUCUCCCCCUCCCUGCCUGCCACAGCACCCACUCAAAGCCCUACCCGCCAUGCCCGUGGGGUACAUCACCCCAGACCUGCUGGGGAACCUCUCUCCGUGA